AUGGUCUCAACAUAUCAGAUGCCGGCUUACUUUAGGCCCAACCCACUGAGUGUCGACACAUCGCAAGCUCAAAAGUACUUUGAGGAAGAGGAUAGCAGUCUGCUCGACGACAGUCUUCUAGACCACAACGGAAGUCUCGACUCGGGACUCGAGAUGUCACCGCCCAUGGCGGGUAGCCGCAGAGAUUCUUUUGCUGUCUCAUCGACAUUAUUCUCGCCCAAGACAGAGGACUGGCAAUCCGUGGACAUGCAAUCCGUGCCCUCGAAUAAUCCCUUCUUGGAACCCCAAAGUAACAACCCUUUUAUGCGCAUGGAUCAGUCGCAAGCCGCCGCCUAUGCCCCGCAGGGUCAGUGGAAUAUGAACCACGGUUCCGGCACCUGUACGCCUCUGCAGCAGUACGAUGGUCUCGCUACCGAGUAUGACGGCGGUGCUCCCGUGUUUCAACAGGCCAUGCCCACCCAGACUCCCUUCACAAACCCCACCGGCCAGGUCCCCUUGUUCCAGAACGUUGGUCCCAACGGUCACUCGAUACCUGCGCAACCCAUGAAGGGCUGGAUGGGCCAGGACCCCAAGAAUCACCAGUCCAUGGCCAAGCGCAUGCAACCCGAUAGCCCGCCCAUCAGGUCGCACAAUGAGCUGCGCCGGGGCGAUGGCAUCAGGAAAAAGAACGCCAGAUUCGACAUUCCUGCUGAGCGCAACCUGAACAACAUUGAUCAGUUGAUCUCGCAGUCGAAUGACGACCAGGAGAUCAAGGAGCUGAAGCAGCAAAAGCGUCUUCUGCGAAAUCGCCAGGCAGCUCUCGACUCGAGACAGAGGAAGAAGCUGCACACUGAGCGCCUCGAAGAUGAGAAGAAGCAAUACACCGCCGUCAUCUCGGAGCAGGAGGACAUGAUUACUGAGCUGAACAUGAAGCUCGAACACUUGAUGCGCGAGAAGGAGUUUUUCCAGAACCGCGCCGAGUGCCUCAUGAUGGAGAAGGAGGAGCUCAUUGGCAACCACACCAUGGAGACCGGCGAGCUGCGCAAGAAGGUCAGCGUCCUCAGCGAGCACGUCAAGAGCCUCGAGACCGCCAACAUGCCCAGCAAUGUCGGUUACUCCAACGCCUUCAACGAGAUGGAUAUGACCAUGGAUCCCUCCUCUUGGGAGAACAUGGGCUUUAUGGGCGAAUACCAGCCCAUGGAGCAGGACGUCAAGCAGGAAGUCCAGAUCAUGUCAACCAAGAAGACCGAGAUUUCGCUUCCUUCCGAUGGCGACAAGCACUCUACUCAGGGUGGACUUCUCUUCAUGCUCUUCCUUGUCGGCGCCUUCGUCAUGUCUAACCGCUCGGCCACUCCAAGUAUUCCUCGCGUCUCUGAAGAUGUCCGCGAGGCUUCCGCUACCCUCCUCGAAAACAUCUUCAAGGACGCUGGCGUUGCGCAGGCACCUGGCGCUAUCAUGUCCGCUCAAGCACCUCAGCCCUCGGGAGCUAGCUGGGCCAUGGCUACACCAACUCCGAUGCACGGUGUCAACAUGAACGGCAUUGCCCCCUCCGUCCUAGGCGAUCUCAGCGACUCCCUCACCAGGCCCACGCAGGAGCAGACCAAGGAGCAGCUCUUCUCCAUGACACCUGCGCAAUACAACGGAGUCACCUCUCAAGACUUUCUCCAAAAUGUACCUCCCCCAUCAACAAGCCAGGGCCGCCGCAACCUUGCCCAAUCCCUGGCGGCGAUGCGCAACAACGACAAACAGUCCGCCGCCGAAGUCUACACUAGAUCUCUUUUGUGGGACCAGAUCCCUCGCGACGUUGUCAGAAACUUUGCUAAAAUGGUGGCCGAGGCCAAUGCUCACAAGGAGCACCAAUCCGGCAACGAGGCGAUGACAUGA